UCUUUUCUUUGUUUUGAUUAUUUAGACUUUUCUUCUGCCCUCUAUAAAGGCGUCGACCCCUCGCAAAACAACCAUCCUUUUCACUCUUCUCCCCCGUAGACUUUCUCCAAAUUUCAUCCCUUCAACCCUCUAUCCAUUUUACUUCUUCAAAUUCUUAAAACUCCCGUUUACUCCCUCAAACUUAACUACUCUUUGAAAGAUUCACCCUUAACUAGGAAGUUCAACUUGUUUCCAUUUGAUUGAUUCAAGUGCUGUAUUUAAAAGGGUUGAUUUGUGUCUCUUGCUAGUGCUAAAAAAACUUCUUUAAAUUAAUAUCUUGAAUUCUUGAUUCUGCUCAGCGUUCUUGAUGGGGAACUACGUUUCCUGCACCUUGUCGAACCCACAAGGGCUCAAGAACUCAUCAAAAUCAACAAAAGUGAUCCUCCCAACAGGAGAAAUCAAGAAGAUCCAGCAACCCACAAAAGCAGCGGAGCUCAUGUUGGAGGCGCCAAACUUCUUUAUAGUCAACUCCAAGUCCCUCAAAAUAGGCAGCAGGUUCUGUCCUCUCGGUGCAGAUUAUGAACUUGGAAAGGCCGACGUGUAUGUCAUGUUUCCAAUGCGUAAAAAGAACUCUGUGGUCACUGCUGGUGACAUGGGUGCUUUAUUCGUCACUGCCAACUCGGUUAUGAAAAGAGCUUCUAAAGGGAACAUGAGGGUCUUGCCUAAAUCAAAGGUAGAGAUUCCACAAGAUAUGGAAAGAGAUGAUAUCGAUGAAUCUCCAAGGCUGAGUUUGGAGGGAAUAGAAGAUGUUUCUGCUCACGAGUUUAUCCAUAGGAUGUCAAUGUCAAGGUCGAAGAAGCCAUUGUUGGAGACCAUAGAGGAAGAACCGAUUCGCUCAAGGUGAUUUUGGGGGUGGGGGUGGAGGGUUAUUUCUUGUUGGAGGCCAAAGGUUUUAAAAUUUGGUUGAUAUGUAGGAUUAUAGGGUGUGUUUGUUUCUUUGGAAAAAAUGUACUGUCAAAGUUUUAGGGAGGGAAAAAAAUAGGCAGGAAAAAUAUAUUAAAUCUUCAUUAAAAUUAAGAAUAUAGAAGAAGAAAUUUAUAUUAUGGAUUGUAUUUUGUUGAUA